AUGGCUGAUGAUUUAGGUGAUGAUGAUUAUUAUCUUCAAGAAGAAACGCAACCAAAAGCUACUGAAUUAACUGAAAAAACGGUUAAGACUAAAAAAAAUAAAGAAAGAACUCUACCAAAACGACAAUUAGGAACUUAUUCUGAUUUAGUAACAACAAUUCGUGUUCAUUAUAAAAAAUCGAAAAGUCAAUAUGAACUUGAUGAACUUCUUUCAAUAUUUAAUUCAUCAAUAUCUGCAUCAUCACCUUCAACAUCUAAGAUUUCAUUUGAAGAAUAUUUAAAUGAAUUAGUUCCAAUAAAAAAAUGGUCUAAACAAGCAGACCUUUCAUCAGCACCUGUUGUUUUAAUUAUUGCUCAAUCGGCAUUACGCUGUAUUGAAUUAGGAAAAAUCUUAAAAAAUUCUUCGUCAUCGAACUUAUUCACAUUUCAUUAUUUAUUUGCUAAACACAAAAAGCUUUCGGAGCAAAUUGAAUUAUUACAAAAGCCAACAACCUUAUUUAAUAUUAUUAUUGGAACACCAAAACGUGUUGAUGACAUUCUUGAUGCAAAAGUUAUCAAUGCUAAACGAUUAAAAUUUGUUUUAAUUGAUUGGAAUUAUCAAAAUGUAAAACAACAACGUUUAAUUGAUUUAAACCAAUUAAAAACUGAAAUUUGUCAUCUAAUUUGUGAACAAAAUGUUUUAUGUAGACGUUUUUUUAAAGAAAAAACUAAAAUAGGACUUUUUUGA